GCACAAAAUGGCGAGCACCUUGCGAACGAUUCGUGUUUCCUCCAAAUUAUUCCGACAUUUACUGCCAAAUGCAUCAACGACAGUAGCAGUUCGAAACGCAACGUCAUUCAGCUAUGUUCCAGACACACCUCCGCCAGAACAUGGGGAGACAACUCGAAUGAACUUAUUCCAGUCCGUGACCAAUGCGCUAGAUAUAGCUCUCAGUAAAGAUCCAUCUGCUGUGAUAUUUGGUGAGGAUGUUGCGUUUGGUGGUGUCUUCCGAUGUACAGUGGGACUGAAGGAUAAAUAUGGAAAGGAGCGAGUGUUUAACAGCCCGUUGAGUGAGCAGGGAAUCGUGGCGUUCGGGAUCGGCUUAGCGGCCGCAGGGUCUACAGCCAUCGCCGAGAUACAGUUUGCUGAUUACAUCUUCCCUGCUUUUGAUCAGAUUCGAAAUGAGGCUGCCAUGUUCCGCUACCGCACGGGCAACCUAUUUGAUGUGGGCGGCCUGACCAUCCGAGCUCCGUGCGGCGCCGUUGGCCAUGGUGCACUGUACCACUCUCAGAUGCCAGAGGCAUUUUUUGGACAUAUGCCAGGUAUUAAGGUUGUGAUCCCUCGGGGUCCGGUUCAGGCCAAGGGGCUGCUGAUGGGCUGCAUCCAGGAUCCUAAUCCAUGUAUAUUCUUUGAGCCGAAGAUCCUGUACCGCGCCGCCAUCGAACAGGUGCCGACGGGAGACUACAGCAUCCCACUGUCAGAGGCGGAGGUGGUGCUGGAGGGGUCCGACAUGACACUGAUUGGCUGGGGGACCCAGGUCCAUGUUCUACGUGAAGUGGCCACAAUGGCACAGGAGAAACUCAACAUCUCCUGUGAGCUGAUUGACCUGCGAACCAUCCUGCCCUGGGACAUCGACACAGUCUGUAAGUCGGUUGUCAAGACAGGCAAGGUCCUGAUCUCCCACGAGGCUCCAAUCACAAUGGGCUUCGCAUCGGAAAUUGCUGCAACUGUACAGAGUGAGUGCUUCCUGAACCUUGAGGCUCCCAUCCAGCGAGUCUGUGGAUACGACACGCCCUUUGCUUGUGCAUUCGAGCCCUUCUACAUGCCGGACAAAUGGCGCUGUUUCGAGGCAGUCAAGAAGUUGCUAAGCUACUAGGCGACUUGCGACAUUUAAAAACUUGUAGUGAUUGACCUGUACAGAAAUACUCUUCACGAUGUCUCGGCAGUGAUAUCCAGUUGUAAAGAACAUAGUAUUUUAGGAUCUGGUAGUCUCAUGAGAGACAUGUGAUAUAUUUUAUGUGUUUACGUCAACACGGGUAUCAUCACGAGCUUCAAGCACUGCACCACUAUUCAUACAUAACCGAGUCUUACAGAUCUCAGUGAUUAAGUCCGUCUAAAAAUAUGAUUGUUCAGUAAUAAUUUGUUCCUUCUGGAAGGAUGCCUUCAGGAACUAGGUGAGUGAUCAUGCACAUAUACAAAAGAAAGGAAAACCAGAGAACAAGUGCUUCAAUAUUGAAUAAUUUGGGACUACUUGUCGAAUCUAAGAACUAGCUGAUGAAGAAGAAGAAGAGGCAGUGAGACCAUGACAUGACAGGAAACUGACGUCAUUACGUAGGUAUCGGAUGAAAGCUCCUGCUUCUUGUGUUGUGAUUGACAUGGAGGUGUGAUGACAUAGUCAGUGUUAGAGCAACACACGAGGCAUAGGAACAGCACUAUGUGAGUGUACCAAGGAACACUUUCUGAACCAAUUCAAAUAAGGACAGUCCCGAGAUGUUGCAAUUACUGAUGAACAAGAUACCGAUUCAAAUAAGGACAGUCCUGAGAUGUUAAGAUUACCGAUGAACAAGAUACCGAUUCAAAUAAGGACAGUCCUGAGAUGCUGGGAUUACUGAUGAACAAGAUACCAAUUCAAAUAAGGACAGUCCUGAGAUGCUGGGAUUACUGAUGAACAAGAUACCGAUUCAAAUAAGGACCGUCCUGAGAUGUUAAGAUUACUGAUGAACAAGACACUAAUUCUUCAAAGUCGUAUACCAUGCUGCGUGGUGAAGGGUCUCUACUUGGAACUCCGGUUGUGAAACGUGUGUCCCGGGGAGAGUGUUGUGUUGCAGUGAUGUUAGGCGUGAAUGCCGUGUGAGUGAACGUACGUGUGUCAGUAUUACAGGACAAUAACCGCAUCAACCAUGGUGCAGGAAUCUCAACGCUAUGGACUCUUAUUAAAGUUUUCCUUGUCAUAACCAACUGGUGAUCCAAGAAUCGGUCCAUGGUAUCAAGAACCCUUGUAAUGGCAUCUUGGUGCACUGAUGGUAGAAAGGUGAGAUUAUUUGGGACGUGAUUUGUGUGAUUCUGGAACCUAGUAGGUCAACACGUGAAGUUUCUCUGUGCAUUGAUCGUUGUUGUAAUGUGUGAAUCUCAGGAGAGAAAGUUUGUCAGUGUACAGAGUGUCAUGUUUGGCCUGGGUUUAUGUCAAAUAAAUAAUGAAAUCAA